AUGUUCCGAAUCUUCAACUACGCCCAAUCAAACCCCCAACCCCAACCCUCAACCUCACCACCAUCCUCCCACAACCACAACCACAACCACACCCCCAGCCCGAUCCCCUCCGUCCGCGUCGAAAUCCCACCCUCAGAGCUCCUCCCAGGCCUAACCCACAACGACCUCCCCCUCCUCGGCACCCGCCCCAGCUCCUCAAUGCUGGAAUACCACCAACUGCCCAUCCUCCGACACCUCGAAUGGCGCAUCGACGAGACCACCAACGAACCGCUCCGUCGACCAGUGAAAGACGUUGUGUCUCUGACGGCAGCAUACGCACAGACACGCGGAUGUGAGCCACCGGAGCCAUGCCUCCAUUGCAGGGAGGGCAAGAGCGUGUGGAAGACGUGCGUGGUGGGGUUCGAUACCAGGGAGGGAAUGAGUGCGCAUGGUGCUUGUGCGGCGUGUCGGUUUAGUAGGAGGGGGUGUAGUUUUAAUAUGCAGGUUGAGGAACCUGAGACUCCGGUUAGAGUUAAGGAUGAAGAUGGGGCCGACGAGAUUGGCCUUACGACUCCACCGCCAUCUGGGUCAAGGGGAUAUUUGAUUACUGCUGUUGCUGCCGGUCGUAGUCGUGGUGGAGGUAGGGGUGGAGGUAGGGCAAGAGGGCGCAGAUUCAUUCGUUCGAGACCGUAUAAUCUCAGACCGAGGGUUACUACUCCAACACCUAGCGGAAGCGAUAUGGGGUAUACCAGUCGUGAUGAAGAGCGGGACUCGAAUCGGGAGAUAAAAUCAGAGAGGAGGGAGGCUGUUGCCUACUCGCCCGGUACUUCUCGACUCGAUGGAAGUAUUCUGCCCUUUCCGUUGGGUCCGGAGACGAUUGACGAUCUGCCGUUCUUGAGACGCGCUGUUACGGAAAUGGAGAUGCAUUUGGGGACGUUGAGGAGGGUGAGACAGUUGGAGGAUAGGGAGAGGAUGAGGGAUACUAGUAUUAAUCCGUGGGAGUUGGUGUGA